UGGGGAGCGACCACGAUACUUUUCCACAAUCCGCGACACUGACCCGGAUUUCAUAAUAUUUCACCUCUAAGUAAUUUUUGGGAAAUCAGUAAAGUUAUUCAGGCCUCCCCCGCGACUUUGAAGUGACUUCUUCUUGUCUGAAAGUGUCCUCCCUGAAAAACAAACCACUGAGCUUUUAAUAGUCCUCGUGGUGACUCCUCCCAUUGAGUUGUCCUGGGAAACACUAACAACUCUGAGAAAGUCAGUCCUGUUCCUGAAAGAGGACACUUUUGGUCUGUAAACCUCACCGCUGCGCAGCCGUUUCACUCUUUGUUAUUUUUAUUUUUUUCUAACAUCCAAAUACUGCAAGUUUACCAACUGGAGGAUUAUUAUGCGUUCAAAACCUUCUUCAUCUUCUUUUUCACGCUGAGCUUCAACUGCUGGAGUGUCCAGGGACAUGAAACUCAAUCCACAGCAAGCUCCAUUGUAUGGUCAUUGUGUUAUCACAGUACAGCUCAGCGAUGAUGAGCUGGCUGCCGGUGAGGAGGGCGUGGACUAUUUCCUGCUGUUUGCCGGCAGCACACAGAGGCACCUGACCAGCACCCUGAGGAGCAGUCAUGACACCUUGCAGGCGCUGUGUCCCGCUCAUGACUGCUGCGAGGUGGUGCUGGUCACCUUGUGCUCAGUCACCCGAGGUGUCCCCGAGGACCCGCAGUCCCGCCUGGUUCGCGCGGCCCCGUUGGCUGAGCAUCGAUUCAGCUUUGUUCAGGAUUUGGCGUUUGACAUGGCCCAGUUCCUGGUGAGCACAGCGGGCCGCGCCGAUGGCCUCGAUGGAGCACUGCUGCUGGAUGAGUGUCAGAUUCCCCUGCAGGAGUGCGAGCGUCUGGAUGAGAACCUGGCGCUGGCCCUGCACCACCUCAGACUACCUCCAGGAUGGAAUUUACUGGGGAAUAAACGAGCCAGCAGCACUGAUCUGAAUCCUCAGGAGACUCUGCUGCAUUUCUCAGCGCGUCGAGGUCUCUUUCGGGUCACGCACUUCUUGCUGCAGCAGGCCGGAGCCAGAGGAGCCCUUCGCCUGGCCAACAGACAAGGCUUCACCCCGUCCGCUGUUGCGGAGUCACGAGGACACAAAUGCCUCCACGAGCUCCUCACAAAGGCUGAGACGGACCCAGAGAGGGACGAAGGGUCUAACGGUGUCCAGCAGGUCUCUGAAGAUGUUCAGGUGUUUUGCCACCUCCCCAGACUGAGCACGCACACACUGACAGUGAGCAUACACCCUGGGCGUGACACGCCGACCCUUCAGAAGACUGUAGAGCAGCUGCUGCACUUGAUUUGUCAUCUCCAUGCCGAGGGAGUUUCUGCACUGAAGUUGCAGUUUGAUUCUCUGCACACUGCUGCUGAAUGUUCUGACGGUGUAGAAACAGACUUAACAUGUCUGGACCGGCUCCAGCAGUCUGAUACGGCGUCAGAGUGCCCAGAUACAACAACAGAAGGGAGUUGGUUAGAAAAUUGCCCAGUGGAAAGCAGCAGCGCUGUUGAUUGUAGACAUGGUGAGGCUGGAAAUUCAGAGAAAGACUGUAGUUUGACUGUGAGUACUCCAGCAUCAGAAGAACACCCUCAGGAGCAUGGCCUUGUGCCCCCAGAGGACUGGGUGUGUUCAAACACUGAGAGCGAUUACUCCAAAGCAGAGGAGGAGGCGGCACGGGAGCAGCCCGUUCUUUCCAUGCAGAGUUUGAGUUUUUCUGACAGGAGUGAAGGAGUACAGAGUGAGGCUGAAGGGAAAGGUCUCACUGUGGGAAUUCUACCACAGGCAGGCUGUGGUAAACAGGCAGAGGAAACUGAUAGAGGAGAGGCUGUGAUCCAGGAAAGACAGGAGGCCAAGAAGGGAGAGGAUAGAUCUGAGCAGGAAGCAGAGGAUAGCACGGCCAAGAGGAGGGAGGAGGAGACCAACUCUGAAUCAACAGAUCUCUUAACGGCCGGCGGAGACACAAAAGCGUCAAUCAUGGGCCAGUCACCCUUGUCACCAUCCUCUGAAGUUUCGGACAGCUCUGAUUCUGAAAUGAAGGAGUGCUCCCAGGAAGACGAGAAUGUUGGGAAAGAAGACAUGAAAGUUACCCAGGAUGUCUGUGAUGAAGACAAGGAGGAGAGUGAAGGGUUAACAGACACACUAUCAGCCCCAAGGGACCUCCUUAACCCAAUGCUGAUAUACUCUGGUGAUGUAAUCAUGGAGCCUGAACCUGUUCCAUGUCUGUUGAUAGAAGGCCUCCGCGAAGGGGAACUUCUACCAGACAUAAACAGCCUGGAACAAAACCAGGAAAUAGCUGGUAGGGAUUACGCUGCAGAGCAGGAGUGGGGUUUGGCUCCAGAAACCGGUUGUCAUUCUGGGACUUAUACUGAUGCAGUAAGUGGUAAAGAGCUAAACAGUGGAGAUGCAGUUGAAUCCUCUGGAUGUAGUAUUGAAAACAGCAGUUUGCCUGUGGAAGAACCUGACAGUACAGGUAAUAGUUUGACUGCCAGCGAUAUCGUGGUAGAUACUCAGACUGAGAGUUUAAACUGUGAGCUGUCGCCUGACAAGAUGCCGACUGAGCGACAGGCUGACCGUGAUUCGGGCCUGGCCUGUGGACUCUGCAGUGACGACGAUGGCAGUUUCAGAUCAGCUGGAAGUUCUACAACAGAAAUAUUCCAGCCCGCUCAGGACGCUGGCACUACGGAGGAUCAGGACUUACUUCAAACAAAGAUAGUAGAGCAGUCCUCAGCAGGAUGUGAGCUUGAGGAGCCCAGUGAUCUUAAACCUAAUGAAACCUGUGAACAUUUUAUCGCUGUGGAUGCAGGACUAUCGUUGGAACCCAGGGCUCAGCCUGAAUCCAAACCCAAACUCCUGAACACGGAGGAUCAGGCCCCAGAUCUUUCCAAAGAGGAUCCGUCCUUGGACUCAGUGAGGAGCGAAGACACGCCAACAGUGGAGGUGCAGGGAAUGGAAACUGGAGAGACCAGCAGCUCUGACCUGAAUGUAGGGAUAGAGCUUUCUGCAUCAGGAUUGGACAGUAGUGAGCGACCUGUAACAGAAGAGAGCAAAGUUAUCAACAUAGUUGAAGAGGAUGUUCAACGGACUAGUGAGAUAAGUGACAUGCCUGUGGUGGCGGCGGCAGCAGAGGGGAUUGGAAAUGAACAGCCUCAACAGGGUAAUUCAGAGAUAACAGCAGAGGAGAGGUCACCUGACAAUCAGAUCGCAUUGUCUUGUCCACAGGAUGACAUUGUGUUUUCAAAUAGUGCUGAUCUAAGUUCCUUGGAAAUAGAGCAACUUUUACUCAAGAGCGAAGCGUCCGCAGAACUUCACACUGAGAAUGAGGUGACUGUAAAUCCCUCUGAUGCCGUGGCCGGAGCCUCGGAGAGCUGCAGCACCGAAGCCCAAGAGGUGGAUGUCAUCAAGUCUGAAGACACUUUAAGUGAUGCAGGGGAGGAAGAAAAUGGCCCGGCGGAGGGAGCAGACUUCUCCAUGAUCCACCGCGACAGAGAGACGUCGUUCCAUCAGCCCUGCAACGCUCAGCACUCAGGACCCUCAGAGUCUUCAGCAUUUCCCAGUUUACCCAGUAGGACCAGCAGUGCCACCAGCUGUCCCUCUUCAGCUCACAGAGACUCUGGCAGUGACAUCGAGAGCUUCCUGAACGCAGAGCCAGGAUAUGACAGCAUCUUCAGAAAGAAUGAUGAGCCCGUGACUGGAGGAGACAGCGCCAGCGAGGUUUCCGUCUCCUGCUCUUCCACAGACGACACUGCCAGCGUCGGACCACCCAGCUCCAGUCCGGAGGGCAGCCAGGGCCUUGGCUGCAGCUGGAGCCCAGAAGAGGGCAUCCAGACGACGGCACCGACCACUGCAGGACUGGACAGUGGAGGAGGAGGAGGGACAGGAGAGGCCGAAGAAGAGGCCAAAGAUAGAGUGACUGAGGUGCCGCGGCGUUCCUGUCUCUUUAGGAGCAGCAACCGCUCCCUUUCGCCUCUUCGCCGGCACAGCUGGGGUCCUGGAAAGAACAACGGAGGAGACGCAGAGAUGAACCAGAGGAGUUCCACUCGUAGCCCCGGUGAGAGGAAGGCGGCCUUUCACAGGAGAAGUUACAGCUUGGAGGGGCUCAGUGGAGGCCCCGAAGAGCUCCAGGGGCCCACCAGCCAGGGGCCCCGUAUCCUGGAGCCUAUAAGGAUGGCCCGGCAGGACAGCGAUGACAGGGGCUCCCUGGUUUCUCUGACAGAGGAACAGGAGGACCGGGGGAAGCAAAGCAGAGUGCAUGACCCGAAAUCAAGACGAUAUCGGCCUCUGCGAAACAGCUGUCCUCCCAUGAGCCUGCCCCUCACCAAGUCUGUAUCCAUGGUGACCAUCAGCCAGAGAGAUAUUGAUGCGGUGGGACGCCUGAGACGUAAGAGGCGAAUUUCCUUCUCUUUCAACCUUUCCCCCAUCCUCACCAAAUCUAAGUCUCAGUUCAUUUAUGGGGACUCCUCAUCUAGCGAUGAUGAGGAUGACUUGAGUAUGAGGUUUUCCAGCACCUCUGGGUCACUAGCAUACAGUAUAUCAGAAGAGGAGCCCGGGCCUUUGAGGAGCGACACUGAGGGAAAGAGCGUGACAAAAGUCGGCCGGACCUUCAGCUACCUCAAGAACAAGAUGUACAAGAAGACCAGAGAAAAAGAGCGAGACAAGAAGGAGAAGGACAAGGAAGGCAAGGAGAAGGACAAGAAGACCGUGAAUGGUCACGUUUUUACACCAGUCGGCCCGAACCAGGCCGCCCAGUGCGCCCAGUGCAAUAAGGGUUUCAGCAGCAAGGAUGCUUUCUCUUGCACAUACUGCAAUGCUUCCGUCCACAAGGGCUGCAGAGACAGCCUGCCUGUUUGUGCCAAGGUGAAGAUGAAGUUGCCCAAGCAGCAGUUUGCAGUACCGGAUUCAGCCUCAUUUCCUACAGUAACGAUGAGGAACAAAUCUGGUGCGACGAAGGAGCGACCCUGGUCGGCCAUCUUGUCCCCUGAAGACCAUUCUUCCCUGAUGAUCCCAUCGUCACGGAGACACACCAGCAUCAUGACUUUCACUGGAAACAACCUCUCCAAGAGUCUCUCAAUAAGCAACAUCGCUGGUCCGGUGUUUGACGAGAUGCCCAUUAAAGGUCUGCGGUAUCUCUCUCAGUCCACUGACUCGCUCAACAGAACCAACCAGGUCACAGAAUCCAUGGAAUCACUUACUGAUGAAGGAACAGAAAUGAUGGACGGGCAGCUGAUGGGGGAGUUUGAGGCAGAGGUCAAAGAGCUGGAAGCGGACUCGUGGAGUUUAGGCGUGGAUCAGCAGUAUCUGCAGCAGCUGGACAAAGAGCUGGUGAAGAGACAAGAUGUCAUCUACGAGCUGAUGCAGACGGAGAUGCAUCACGUCCGGACGCUGCGCAUCAUGUCGGAAGUGUACAGCAAAGGCCUGCAAAAGGAGGUGCAGCUGGAGCAGCAGACAUUGGAGAAGCUGUUCCCCAUUCUAGAUGAACUGCUCGAGCUCCACACGCAGCACCUGCUGCGCCUCCUGGAGAGGAAAAAGGAGAGCCAGCUGGAGGGAAGAGUCUAUGAAGGAGGCUUCGUCAUCAACAGGAUAGGAGACAUCCUGGUUAGCCAGUUUUCAGGAUCAAAUGGUGAAAGUAUGAAGAGGGUUUAUGGAAGAUUCUGCAGCCGCCACAAUGAAGCUGUCAACUUCCACAAGGACCUCCUGACCAAAGACAAACGCUUCAAAGCCUUCGUCAAAAAAAAGAUGAGCAGCAGCAUUGUGCGGAGGCUCGGCAUCCCAGAAUGCAUCCUUCUCGUGACCCAGCGGAUAACGAAGUACCCUGUGCUGAUUCAGAGAUUGCUGCAGCACACUAAAGAGAGCGACGAAGACUACUUUGACCUGACGGAGGCUAUUCGACUCGUGAAGGAGGUGAUAGCAGCGGUCGACAGCAAGGUGAACGAACACGAGAAAAAACGCCGCCUGAAGGAAUUUCACAGCCGCAUGGACAACAAGUCGAUCAUGAUGAUGAAGAACGGUCAAAUUUUUGCCAGGGAGGACCUGCUGAGGAGGCGGCUGAUCCACGACGGAGCGCUACAGCUGAAAAACACCCAGGGAAGACUAAAGGAGGUUCAUGCUCUGCUCCUAUCAGACGUCUUCGUCUUCCUCCAAGAGAAAGAUCAGAAAUAUGUCUUUGCCAUGCUGGACCAGCGCUCCACCGUGAUCUCCCUGCAGAAGCUGAUUGUCAGGGAGGUCGCUAACGAAGAGCGCGGCCUCUUCCUCAUCACGGCGGGCAUAGAGAAGCCGGAGAUGAUGGAGGUUCUGGCCAGCUCAAAAGAAGAACGCAACACCUGGAUGCAACUCAUCCAGGAAGCCAUGCAGUCCAUGGAGAAGGAUGAGGACGAAGGGAUUCCUAGCGAGACAGAAGAUGACAAGAGACAGCUAGAGACCAAAGCAAAGGAAAUGAGAGAACUGUUGAGGAAAAAGGAUACAGAAAUCAUGUCUCUGCUGGAGGAGAAGGUGCAGCUUUUCAGGGGGAUGUGGGAGGGCACGAGUCCAGGCGAGGAGGCCUGCCCGCAGGUCCAACCUUUCUUCAGGUCGCCCUGCAACCUGGAGCCGCCCGGGGGGGCAUCCAUCAUGAAAGAUGCCCUGCAGGAAGUGGAGACGUUGCAGGCGCUGGUGAACGGCAGCCUGGGUGGAGCAAUGGCCAGCGUCCAGGAGGGAGGAGGCGCGGGGCCGGUGUGUUUGCCCCGCAGGGCUGAGACCUUUGGAGGCUUCGACAGUCACCAGAUGCACAGCAGUAAGAGCGGAGACAGAGACGAGAGCGAGGAUGCGGCGGGGGACCUGCGCAGGACGGAGUCCGACAGCGUUUUAAAGAAGGGAGGAAACGCCAACCUGCUGCAGCUGCUGAAGAGGAACAGUGAGCAGGUCCUUCACAGUGUCUCCAACCUACAUCUCCUGCUCAGCACUCUGCAGGCGGUGGUAGUCCAGCAGGACAGUUUCAUAGAGGAUCAGCGGCAGGCCCUGAGCGAGCGCUCCUCCUCUUGCACCUCGUUAUCCCGACCGUCCUCGCGGCCCGGCUCUCUGAUCGAACAGGAGAAGCAGCGCAGCCUGGAGAAGCAGCGGCAGGAGCUGACAUCCCUGCAGAGACAACAGGCAGCUCAUGCUGAGGAGAAGAGGAGAAGGGAGAAGGAGUGGGAGCUCAGGGAAAAGCAGCUCACUGCAAGGGAGGCACUGGUGCACACACAGGAGGAGGAGAUCCUGAAGCAGCAGAAAGACCUGGAGGAGGAGAGGCAGGAGCUGCAGAACAAGAAGGAGGAGUAUCAGAAAGACCUGGAGAGACUGAGAGAUGCCCAGAGGAAGCUGGAGAGGGACAGGGAGGCUGUGCAGCGGCAGCUCAACAAGAUGGAGGAGCUGCGUCUGGCUGAGAGGACUCCCUCUACAACAUCUGAUGAGUUUGCUGGCAGCUCCCAGUCUCUGGAGCUGGACCCGCUGGAGCUCUCCUCCUCAUCUUCCUCCUCCUUGCCAAGGCUGCAGCCCCAGCGGUCUAAACCCAAAGGGAAAGGUCUCAAUCCCUUUACCUCAUCCUCCACGAACCUCAAGGGCAGCGAAGGCAACAACCAGAUCUCAAAGAGCCUCCUGCAGCUGGCCAAGAACAAGGGCAAAGAUGGGAAGGAGAAGGAGAAGAAGAAGAAGAAGGCCAAAGGGGGGAGCGCGCAGACAGCAGACCCCCAGCCCCUCCCGGAGCCGCCUGUGGAUGGAGAAAUCUUCUUCUGCUGAGACAAGUGGCUCUCCUCCUCCUCCUCAUCACCAUGAACCCAUCAAACCACUCUGACAGUGGAAUGUGCUGCCAAGUAGUAACACAUUCAUUUGCACACACAGGCUUUUUGAAUCACCUUGAAAAGGCUUUUAGUUAAUUUUCCAUGUCAUAACAUAGAGCUAUUUUACAUCACAUGCAAGAAGAUGAAUUUUAAAUUCAAAUGCCACUGCUUUUAGUUUUUUUGGAAAUUAGAAUAUUUCGGGCUCUGCUGUGCAUUUAGGCAUCAGUUCAGCAGCUAAAAAUUGGGGGAGGCUCUGUACUUUUUCAUUAUUCCCUGUCCAAAAUCCUUAUUUUCCUUUUCCAAAGAAAUGGUUCGAAUUUCUUCAUUUUGAAGAAUCAGACAUCUGUGACAGCUCAGUAUCACGCUGAAAGCAUUUCACAGUGAAUUGCCUCUCAGGCUCUACCAAGUCUGUCAGGAGCUUCGCUGCCUCUCUGUCUGCAUGUCUGUUAUGGCUGCAGCCCCACACCAGCAGGCUGUGAUGUUAAUUUACAGAAGCAGGGCCUUUUCCAACCACACAUUCAAGGACACGGACGAAUCCAAAUGCCACUGUGAAUGUCAGCGAACUCCCCGCGGCAGCCGAAACUCCUCACCACCUAAUCAUAGUCAUUGACAGCUAAUUGACGACUGAACCCACAGGGGGGGGAAAUUUACGUGUCCUGGUAAUAUUUCUCAAUCAGAAAGUCCAAAGCCGUUUCAGUCGCUUCAGUCGAAGAUGCAGAGAAUCUGUGGCCAGUUUGAAAAGCAGCUGUGAGCACGUCCACUGAUUCUGUCCCCAGAUUGUAAGCAAAAAGGAAGCAACCUUAAUGGUGACUUCAUACCAUCAGUCAAGUUCCUAAGGAGGGUUUAAUUUAUUUGAAUUAUGGCUAUCUCCAUUUUGGAGUGAAGCUCUUCAGAUGUGUAUUUUCUCAGACUCUCAGUAAUGAAAGGUUUGAGACAUCUCUCUCUCUGUCUAAUGGCUCAAUUCAUAUCCUUUAGUGUGUUUUAGCCCCUCGGAUGGAUAUUGGCUCAAUCCUCGUUUUAUCUGCCUGUCAAUGGGCUUUUAUGCAGCCCUCAUCUUUCAUCUGAGCACCGACGAGCAGGGCUUUCCUUCGUUUUUUUAAUUGCAUGUAACUCUGCAGGUAGCAUACUAAUGGCUUCUAUGUGUUAGAGUUCAACUUUCUCUUUCUACUGCUUUCAGUUCCCAUAAUAGACUGCAGAUGCACACAGCUGAUGGGUGUAGGAAACAGAGGCUGUUAAUUUAGGGACAAAGCAGCUGCUUAGAGAGAAUGAGA